UCCCACCCACUUCUUUCUCUGUUGCCAGAUGCUGUUCUUCCCUCCCUCGCUCCUCAUCCUGCUAAAGUUGGGGUGAGCUCAUCUAAUGCACGCUGCACGGUGUCUGGGGGGACGGAGUGGAGACAAUGGUUUAAAGCAAGCAUCUUAACGAUUUCCAGAACUUCACCUUGAGAAAGGAGCCCAGAGGGGAAUUUUACCAAAGCUUCUAUGUUGGGACAGAGAGUCAAAAUGCAGCCUGUGCCCCUGCAUAGCCUCUCCGAGCUAGAGAGAGCCUGUCUGCAAGAAAUCGCUUUUUACCAGCUGCAAAAAAAGAACAUGAUCAGUGGUAUCAGCCUUUCUAAAGCUGGAACCAAACGCAACAAAUUCAUCAGAAGGAAACUGGAGAACUCCUCCAAGGAGAAGAAAGACUAUUGUCCCCAGGCCUUUGGGAUCCCGCUCUCCCAAGUCAUUGCCAAUGACUGGACACACAAGCAAAUGCAGGAAGCAGUGAAAGGCAGCCGCAGGGACUGCCUGGAGGUGGAAGCGACAGUGGCUAAAUUUCGAGCUCAGAUUCAGAAGAAAUCCCCUUUCGUCGGAGGCUGCAUGCUUGGGCUCAGUGGAGAGUUUGCCGAUGAGCCGCUCUCUCCUACUUUCUUGCACACUGUGUCCCGGAGCCACCGAAGGGGGGGAGUGUCUGUGGACUCCAUCACUGAUUUGAGUGACAACACCUCCAGGCUGCUGGAAGCUCUGCAGCUGUCUCAUCCCAAUGAGCUGGAUCUCAGGAGAACCUUGGAGAGGAACAAGACGUUGAGCCUCAAUCCCAUCUGCAGGCAGGUCCCGCGUGUUGUGGACAGAUGUUGCCAGCACAUUGAGGCAUUCGGACUCCAGACCGUAGGCAUUUUCCGUGUUGGAAGCUCUAAGAAAAGAGUUCAGCAGCUGCGGGAAGAAUUCAACCAGGGAUUUGAUGUUUUCUUGGAUGAUAGUUAUUGUGUCCACGAUGUGGCAGCCCUGCUCAAAGAGUUUUUCAGGGACAUGCCUGAUUCCCUGAUUCCCAAGGAACUCUACUCAGCCUUUGUCAGUACAACCUUCAUGGAACGCAUGGCCCAGCUCUCCAUGCUGCAGCUGCUGGUGUACCUCUUACCUCCCUGUAACAGUGACACCCUGUACCAGCUAUUGCAGUUCCUGAACAAAGUGGCACAGCAUGCUCAGGAUUCCACAGGUCCAGAGAGACAAAAGAUUCCUGGAAAUAAAAUGACAGCCUCAAAUUUGGCUACAAUUUUUGGCCCCAACCUGCUGCAAAGAGAGAAGCUUCUGGAGAGAAACCACAGUGCCCAUGCCGUGGAAAUCGAAAACAGCGCUUCUAUCAUCCUCGUGCUCCAGAGUUUAAUUGAGAACUAUGAAGCCUUGUUCAUGGUGUCUUCAGAGGUGCAGCAUGACAUCCUAAGGAGGCUGUUUCAGACAGAGCCUGAUGUCAUUGACUAUCUCUUGCACAGGAAGUUCAACACCACUCUAAGCACAGACAGUGAUACAUCUACAGAGAAGCAUCCUCGCUCCUUACUGGCCAGCCAAAACUGCAUGCUGGCAAGCGAUCAGGUUUCCUCGCAUCUGUACAGCCACGUCUCAUUCCUAAACCUGCAUAUUGAGAAUAGGCAGACCCAGGGCAGCUCAGGCUCCACCCUCACCUUUAAUACAUACCAAAUGGGGCAACUUGUCCACCACAAAAAGAGAGACUCGGUCACCCAGGAAAGGGUGGGGACAUCUUGGGAAGCAUAAAUCUCUGAGGGGACUUCUCCAUUUGCAGUUAUCACCUUCUAAUUCAUAUCAGUGCAGCUCCCCAGGUGGGAGGCACUAGUAUAAACUGCACAGAUGUUUCACUGCCAUAUAACAGAGCUAGACCAGAUAGUGCUAAACAUGUAGGAGCCUGUCUACAUUAGUACUUGCUGCUGCUGCCCCAGGGAAUAACAUUCUGAUUUUUGCCAAUGUAGACAAGAACUAAGGAUACAUUACACUGAAUUCCUGCCUGGCCUCGCCAAUGAUUAGCAAGAACGUACAGAACAUGUAGAGUUAUUUAAAGGGUCUUCUGUAAAAUUCUUGUUUGUUAAAGUCUGCUGGACAGUUAGCAUACCACAAAGCUCUGUGUGUGUGUGUUCAGGAGGCAGUGUAUGCGCAAUGGCAGGAAAAGCACAGUUUGUGUGUCUGUGAGGCAUGAUGGCAGUGUGCGCCUGUUGCUGGUAGCAAGCCUAAAAAGCCCUGG